AGUGGAUACCAUUGAACCAACCCCAACAGAAACACUCUGCAUUCCGAGAGCUUCGGUGGACAGAGAAGAUGGCCGGAAAGCUUAUGCGCGCCGUCCAGUAUAAAUCCUACGGUAGAGGAGCUGCUGGCUUAAAGCAUGUAGAAGUACCAGUUCGUGUACCGAAGGAGAAUGAAGUUUUGAUCAGAACCGAAGCAAUUAGUCUUAAUCCUAUGGAUUGGAGAAUACAGAAGGGCGUCACAAGACCCGUUUUGCCCCGCAAGUUCCCUCAUAUACCCGCCACCGACGUAGCUGGAGAGAUCGUAGAGGUCGGCACAGAAGUAAAGAACUUCAAACCGGGAGACAAAGUUGUUGCAGUGAUUAGUCACUUUGUCGGGGGCGGGCUUGCGGAAUUUGCCAUUGCAAAGGAGUCCCUGACUGUUGCAAGGCCACACGAGGUGUCUGCCCGCGAAGCAGCUGGCCUGCCCCUGGCUGGGCUCACAGCUCACCAGGCCCUUACGGGGCCUGCUGGAGUCAAGCUUGAUGGGAGGACAGACGGACACCCGAUAAACAUCCUCGUCACUGCAGCUUCUGGCGGGGUGGGUCAUUACGCAGUCCAGCUAGCAAAGCUUGGGAACACCCACGUGACUGCUACCUGUGGAGCCCGCAACCUCGACUUCGUCAAAAGCCUCGGGGCCGACGAAGUCCUGGACUACAAAACCCCCGAUGGGGUUGCCCUCAGGAGCCCAUCGGGCAAGAAAUAUGAUGCUGUGAUCCACUGCGCAAUGAAUAGGAUCCCGUGGUUGACCUUCGAGCCCAACCUGAGCGACAACAGGAUGGUGAUCGACCUAACUCCCGGGCCCCGGGCCAUGUGGACCUUCGUCCUGAACAAGCUCACCUACUCAAGGAAACAGCUAGUGCCUAUGUUUAUGUCAUCAAAAAGCGAGAACUUGGAGUUCUUGGUAAGGCUCGUGAAGGAAGGAAAGUUGAAGACUGUAAUUGACUCUGUUCACCCACUUAGCAAAGCGGAGGAUGGAUGGGCUAAGAGCCUUGACGGGCAUGCCACCGGUAAAAUUAUCAUAGAGCCAUAGUUCUACUUCCAUAUUUGUGUAAGUCUAGUUUUUUUUAUUUUAUUUUUUUUCCUUUGAAAGUUUGUAAGGUGGUUGUGCAAUAAAAAGGAAUCUUACUCUA